UUGGGAAGAUGGCGGCUCCCAGCCUCCUCAACUGGAGGCGGGUUUCCUCCUUCACGGGGCCGGUGCCCCGCGCCCGGCACGGACACCGCGCCGUGGCCAUCCGGGAGCUGAUGAUCAUCUUCGGCGGCGGCAACGAGGGCAUCGCGGACGAGCUGCACGUCUACAACACGGUCACAAAUCAGUGGUUCCUCCCCGCUGUUAGAGGAGACAUCCCUCCUGGCUGUGCGGCCCAUGGAUUUGUCUGUGAUGGUACCAGAAUAUUGGUAUUUGGGGGAAUGGUCGAAUAUGGACGCUACAGCAACGAGCUCUAUGAAUUACAGGCCAGUCGUUGGUUAUGGAAAAAAGUGAAACCCCAGCCCCCUUCUUCUGGCCUACCUCCUUGUCCUCGGCUUGGACAUAGCUUCUCUUUAUAUGGUAACAAAUGUUUUUUGUUUGGUGGACUCGCAAAUGAAAGUGAAGACUCGAACAACAAUGUGCCCAGAUAUUUGAAUGAUUUCUACGAGCUGGAGCUACAGCACGGUUCGGGUGUGGUGGGCUGGAAUAUUCCGGUGACUAAAGGGGUCGUGCCUUCUCCAAGAGAAUCCCACACAGCUGUCAUAUAUUGCAAAAAAGACUCUGGAAGCCCAAAGAUGUAUGUUUUUGGUGGAAUGUGCGGUGCUCGCCUGGAUGACCUGUGGCAGCUUGACAUAGAAACGAUGUCCUGGUCAAAACCAGAAACAAAAGGGACGGUGCCACUUCCGCGAAGCCUCCACACCGCCAGCGUUAUAGGAAACAAGAUGUACAUUUUUGGUGGCUGGGUCCCACAUAAAGGGGAAAAUAAUGAGACUGCACCCCAUGAUUGUGAAUGGAGAUGUACCAGUUCAUUUUCUUACCUAAAUCUGGAUACGGCAGAGUGGACCACCCUUGUGUCAGAUUCUCAGGAGGAUAAAAAAAACUCACGGCCUCGACCCCGAGCCGGACAUUGUGCAGUUGCUGUUGGCACCCGGUUGUACUUCUGGAGUGGAAGAGACGGCUACAAAAAGGCCCUAAACAGUCAAGUUUGCUGCAAGGACCUUUGGUAUCUUGAUACUGAGAAACCACCAGCACCUUCACAAGUCCAACUGAUCAAAGCCACGACCAACUCCUUCCACGUCAAAUGGGAUGAAGUGCCGACUGUGGAAGGCUACCUGUUGCAAUUGAACACCGACUCGCCAUACCAGACUGCACCGCCAGAUGCGUCAGCAGCCCCGAAUAUGCAAGGAGUCAGGAUGGACCCUCACAGACCAGGCAGUAACAGCAUCGUUCCUAACAGUAUCAGUGACACAAUGAACAGUGCAAAAAUUGAACAUACAGCUAUGAAAGGAGCGUCAGUGAGAAACAGACCAGAUCUCAAAGCAUCAGCUGAUUCCAAUGCCAUUUUACAUUCAUCUUUGGCAACUAAUUCUUCUAAUCAUAAUAGUGUGGUGGAUAUGCUAAGGAAAAAUGAAGGUCCUCACACUUCAACAAAUCUAGGUGUCCUAAGUAGCCUGGACUUACGAACGGUAAUCCCCGAAACCUCCGUAUCCAGUACUGUUCCCAGCGCACACACCAUGGUAGCCCAGCAGACCAUUAAAACCGAAUCAUCCAGUACAAAUGGGGCAGUUGUUAAAGAUGAAACUUCACUAACAGCGUUCAGUACCAAAUCUGAAGGUGAUGAAACGUCACUGCCAGCAAGUAAGAUCAGCCGUGUUGAAGGUCCUGCCGCAGCCCUGCCCUUCGCUAAAGAGAUUCCCUCAAACCCAGCGGCCACGGUGAAGUCAGGAGAGCGGCAGUGGUGCGACGUAGGGAUUUUUAAGAACAAUACAGCGUUGGUGAGCCAGUUCUACUUGCUGCCCAAAGGGAAACAAAGCAUCUCAAAGAUGGGGAAUGGAGACGUCCCUGACUACAGUUUACUCAAGAAGCAAGACCUGGUUCCAGGCACGGGCUACAAGUUCAGGGUGGCUGCCAUCAAUGGCUGUGGGAUCGGCCCUUUCAGUAAGAUCAGCGAGUUUAAGACCUGUAUCCCGGGCUUCCCUGGAGCUCCGUCCGCAGUCAGAAUUUCAAAGAAUGUUGAAGGUAUUCAUCUCUCCUGGGAACCUCCAACUUCGCCUUCUGGAAACAUCUUGGAAUAUUCAGCCUACUUGGCCAUCCGCACAGCACAAAUACAAGAUAAUCCAAGUCAGCUUGUGUUUAUGAGGAUUUACUGCGGCCUUAAGACAGCGUGUAUAGUGACCGCAGGGCAGCUCGCAAACGCACACAUCGACUAUACAUCCCGGCCUGCCAUUGUGUUCAGGAUAUCUGCCAAGAAUGAAAAGGGAUACGGACCAGCAACGCAGGUUAGAUGGCUUCAAGGUAACAAUAAGAAAGCACCUUUAAAUUGAUUUUUUUUUUUUUUACUGACGCUAUUGUGAUGAUGAUUAUUUAUUAGUAACUGGUUAUGAAGAUUUGUCAUUUUAAGAGUAUUCUCUGUAUUUCUAGCACUUAUGAAUUUGAGUUUGUAACUUGUUCUUAAAAUGUAUUUGCUCAAUUUCUAGAUCCAAAUAAAAAUAGAAAAGAAGCAAA